AUGGGCCGUAAAAGGAAUGAAAACAAAAAUCGCGCACAACCAUCUUCAAUUGACAUAGUCAAGUCAGCAUCAACUAUUUCAGAAAGUGAGAAGGGGAAUACUAUCUGUUAUAUUUGUGACAAACGUUUUAUUUGCCCUUGUGAGAGAGAGGGGUGUACCAAACCAAAAGAACGCACAUGUGCCUUAGCCUCUUAUUCUAAUACAUAUCCCAUGUCUCGUUUAUUACAUACUAAUGAUAGGUGCUAUCUGGUACAUGCAUGCUCUGAUUCGUGUGCUCGGCAGAUUAAUGAACAAAGCAAUGCAUAUUAUAGAUCAAAAAAUAUUAUAUUUAAAAAAGCUGAUAAUGACCAUUGCUGUUUAUAUAUUCCUGAUAGAGCUAUAGAUGCGUUUAAAGCCUAUAACAAAAUCUAUGCCAUCGAGCAGAGAAAAAAAGAAAUAAUUUCGAAGCAAUGUUUUUUGAUAUGA